AUGGAUACCAGCAAAACUUCUAUCAAAACCACGCUAAAAAAAAGCCUUUUCUCCUAUGUGAGAACUCCUCAAAAAAGUCAGUCGUUAACCCACUUCAAUUUCAAAACUCCUACACGAAGAAUGAGCACUUUGCAGACAACAGACCAAUCCAGUACUCAGAGUCCUUAUAAAUCGGUUUCCAAGCUUCCUAGUCUUGAUCAUUCAAAAUUUAAUGAACACGAUUGAGCAAAUAUCAGAAAGAAAAUAGAGCUUCCUGCCACAUAUGUUACACCAUUAAAACUUAAGAUUACAGACCAUAGCAUAGAUCGAGAAAUUUUAUCCCCUCCAGGAUUUAAACAAAAAGACGUAAAAUCCUCCCAAAACCCUAUGCAUGACCGAAGAAAACUGCUAUCUAUGAACGAACUGUUAUUACCUUCAGUAAAAACAAGGGCUGCAGAGCCUUUUUCUGAUUCCCAAAUUUUAUCUUUGCAAUCUUGCCAAUUUAUUAUUGAAGAAAUGAAAAAGCCUGUCCGAGAUAUAGAAAAAAUCUAUAAUUUGACUAGACAUUUAAAGUUUUUUCUGCAGUACAAAGCGGAUAUUGUUAAACAAAUGCUGAGGGCUGGGAAAUAUGAAUUUUUUAAUAAAGGGGAAAUUAUUCUAUAAUAAUUAAUUCUAAAAAAAUAGGUUUUAGUUAGCAAAGAAUUCUUAUUUAAUUAAAAAAAUAUAUCUUCAGAGAAGGAGAUAUAGGGAAACAUUUAUAUGUCAUUUUAAGAGGGUCUAUAGGGGUCCAAAAAGAGUCAAAAAAACCAGGAGAGCUUUCGUGGAUCAUUAAUUCAAGGUAUGAUGGAGAAGUGAUAGGGGAAUAUGCAAUAGUCAGAGGAAACGUAAAUAAUGAAGCAGCUCAACGAAGCGCUACAUGUUUUGCGGCAGAAGCAUGCCAUUUAAUUAAAAUUUCGUCUGAAGAUUACACAUUGGCAGUAAGGGCGAAUAUUGAUAUUGAAAGCAAAAUUCUUCAUUUUUUAAAUAGCUUGAGCCCCUUUGAACAUAUUGCACCAAUAGAUUUAGCGUUAUUGGCAAAUACGCUAAACAAGGAGUAUUUUUGCCUUGACGAGGUCGUUUUGGCAGCUGGAAUAAUUCCAAAAGGAAUGUAUUUUAGUUAAAAUAAAUAAAGCUCUUAUAGCCAUUUCAAAAUAUAGUUUUUUUAAUAGAGAUUAUUAGCUUAAUGGUAAUAGACAGCAUAUAUAAUUUAUUCUGGAAGAGUAAGAAUAACUUAUCCUUUCAAAACUCCACGAUAUUCCAAAAAAACUAACAGAAUCACUUACAAAAAGAGCAAAAAAGAUUUUUAUCUUCCAAGAGGAAGCUAUUUUGGACAAAGAAUUUUACUAGGAAAGCAUGAGCCUGCCAAAUACUCUGUGAUUUCUGACUCAGCCCAAACAUCAGUUUUAGUGAUAACUACACAUGAGUUUAACUUGCUUUAUAAUCCCAAUAAAGAAGACACCAUAAAUUUAUUGUCAAAAUCCCAUCAAUUUGAUAUUGACGUGCCUAUGCUAUAUCAGUAUUUUACCACAUAACUAUUAGGCUACUUAUCCUAUUUUUUUAUAAAAAAUAGCUAUUAUUUAUUUAAAAAAAUGUUUUACAGUCCUAAUUGGCAUAGUUUAUUUUAA